AUGGACGAGAGUCUGCUGGCCUCGCCUUCUAGCGGCGGGAGCAGCUGGGGCCUGCACAGCGCCGUCAUCCAGUGUGAGGAGCCAGAAGAGCGUGUGUGCUUGGUUUUUCCUGAUCUUGGAACCAGAAGACUGCGUCCGAGAGGAAAAGCCAGGUAUCAUUAUGAUGGAAUCUGUAUCAAGAAAAGUUCUUUCUUCUAUGCACAAUAUCACUACCUUCUCGGUGAAAAGAGAUAAAACAGUGGAGAUGUCAUUGCCUUUGAAAGAUCUGCUAAUUAUAACAGCAUCAUCAAACAAGAAGGAACAUUUUAAAACUAUUCAAUGAUAAAGACAGACCCAUUUGGAUCCCCUUUGUCUGAAUUCGGGAGAUGUCCAUUUUGGGAGCAAGAACUGGCAAAGAAAGACUUCUAUAAAAUGAUGGCCUUUCUUGCUGAUGACUACUGUAACUAUUGUCAAGAUAUUUUGCAAAAUGUGGGGGAUUUGCUGACUUCCUUCUGGAAAUCUCUGCAGCAAGACACAGUCAGGUUUAUGUCAUCGUCUGACGUGUGCCGGCUCUUUAAAUGCUAUGAUGUGCAGCUGUACAAGGUAGGAAGAGGAAUCGAGGACAUUCUCCUUCAUGACUUUUUGGAAGAUGUUUCUAUUCAGUACCUGAAAUCUAUCAGAUUUAAUAAGAAAUUAAAGCUGCAGCUACUUAAUGUUUUGGAAGGCUUCCCAGCUCUCUUACAGAUUUCUAAACUCAGAGAAGUUACUGUGUUUGUCAAAAGACUAAGAAGAAAGACAUACUUCAUGGCAAAGACUAUGAGAAUAGUAUUAAAAGACAAUAGGAAUGUCAACAUUUUGAAGACAGAUCUACAUACCAUUAUCAGUCAAGGCAUUUUGGAUAUUUCUAAGAAAGUCCUGCCAAAUAACACCAGGGACAUGGAUGAACUAGAGAAUAUCACUGAGAUGAAGUGUCUAAGCAGUUUAAUUUCUUUGCUGAGAACAAUCACAGAUCUAAGUGUAUUCCUAAAUUGUCUGUCUUCAAAUAUCCAAGCAUUUGUCUUCCAGCUAAGCAGAAACAAAGAGGAGUUUAUCAAAUUGGCUGCCAGCUUCCAGCUAAGAUGGAAUUUCCUUUUCACUGCCAUGAGCAAAGCUAUGACCCUCUGCCACAGGGAUAGUUUUGGCUCCUGGCAUCUGUUUCAGUUGCUGCUUUUGGAAUAUGUGAUUCAUACACUUCAAUCAUGCACAGAGGAAGAAGAGGAGGAGGAGGAGGACAUGGAGAAUCUCAAGGAAAUGCUAUCAGAUGACCAGUCUUGCAUCCAGCCAGACCAGGCACUUUCCCAUCCUCCAGAUUCAUCAGCAACUCAGGAGAACAAAAGCCCAAGGAUCCUGAAACAUAGAAGCCAGAGCCAGUGUCCCACAAGUGUGAGUAGCGUGACUCUAAGGGUCCUGGGCUUCCAUGUGGACACUGCCAUGGGCAGUAAGCUAAUUCUGAUACUAUUGGAAGACAAGGACACCAAAAGUAGCACAAGACUCAGCCUACCUGUAGGGCAAGAAGCCCUCAUAACCCUCAGAGAUGGACAAAAAUUUGUGAUCCAUGUGUCAGAUGUCCCCCAAAGCUCUGAGAAUAUUUAUUUCAGGGAAAGCAAUGCUAAUAUGUAA